GGUUUCAGAUAUUAAUGGGUCUUUACAGAUUGAUAGAUUCGGCAUAUUGAGCAAUCAUAAUAAUAAAAAAGCCGGGUAUUUUAACAGCGUAACGUUUAUUUAUAAGUUAGUGCCAAGUGGAUCUUCAGGGAAAGACAAUAUCGAGUUUUGCAUCGAAAAUUUCUAUGGUUGUUAAUGAACGUAAAUGUUACAAAAAUAGUUAAAUGUAGUAAUCUACAACCAUUGUCAACAAUUUUUCAGUCAGUGAUACGGAAAUCAUGGAUUUGGCAAUUUACAACUUCGUUUUUGCUUUGUUGCUUUGUGUGAAGUGCACUUGUGCCUGCAGUAGGGGAUGGUAUGGCGAUGAUUGUAAGUGGAAAUGUCCACCUAACUGCUGGGGAAACGUGUGUGACGUCACACAAGGAACGUGUUCCAACUGUACGGACGGAUGGACAGGGCAUUACUGCGACCAGUCAUGUUCCUUGGGUACGUUUGGUAAAAACUGUGGACAGGUGUGUAAAGGUCACUGUAAAGGCGGCUGUAAUCGCGUGACUGGGAAAUGUGACAAAGGUUGUGAGGACGGCUGGUACACAGAAAACUGCACCAUUGUCUGUCCCCAAGGAUCAUAUGGAACUUUGUGUAAACACGAAUGUGGUCACUGCAAAAGUGGUGUAAGGUGUCAUCACGUGACUGGAGACUGCGGCAACGGAUGUGAACCUGGAUACACAGGUCAAACCUGUGCCAACGUAUGCCCAUAUGGUUACUACGGCGAGAAGUGUGAGAAAUUCUGUGGGGCGGAUUCCAGGUGCAAUCCAGUGACAGGCGAAUGCUGUGGUUGUACUGAAUUACUGAAACAAGUUAAAGAGGGAGGUGAAGAAGUGGACGAAAUGGAUGGUACUAUAAUUGGACUGGGAGUAUCUCUGGGUUUUGCACUUCUUCUCUGCUGCCCUCUGGGUCUCUGGUGCAGCAUUUACAUGUGUCCGAAGAGGAAAAAGAACAACUCUCAUGAAAUUCAUAGAUAUCAGAUCAGAAAUGGGAAAUUUGUAACAAAUUAGAUGUUAUCUAAUUGUGCAGUGACGUGUGAUUAAACAUUCAAAUUUCUAAUGUAUUUCACUUUUAUUUAAUUCAUGUUUUCUUUUUCCUACACUGUACAAUUUAUUUGUUCAUUUUUUAUUUUGUAAUCAUAAGAUAUUUCAAAGAAAAUGUCUGUCUAGAGCACUGCUAAAAGAUCUUCGGUGUCAUCUAUGAAAUGUCCACAAUUGAACAGAAAAUGCAGCUUUUGUGUCAAUUUGUUUAUGCAAACGAAAUAUGUCAUCAAUGAACAAGACUUAUUUUUGAUUAUAUCGUCUGUGAAGCAUAUUUAUUGGGCUUGCUUUCUCUGUCAUGUGUGCGCCCGUCCAUCUCUCACACCCUAGACUUUUGUGUCAUGAUAAUACACACCACAAUCAAUGACAUCAUGAUAUUACAAGCGACACAUGUGCUUCUUGAUACAUCCGGGGUUGAAUGUUUUAGGUUACAUUUAUAGGCAUACAAUAUUGAUCUCUACAUUUAUAUUCACAGAUAAUAAAGAAAGAUAAUGUGCCCUUCCUAUACUGUACUCUACCGUUGUUAAUAUUGUAUGUAAAAAGGUUUGCAUUAAUACAUGUUUGGAUACCACUA